UACUCUGACGUUGGGUAUUAAUUUUCAAAUUAAAUUAUUUAGGUUCAUAAAUGUGUAUCAAGUGGAGGCAAGGUGCUUAUUCCAACAUUUGCUGUUGGAAGAGCUCAGGAACUAUGCAUUUUGUUGGAGGACUACUGGGAACGCAUGAAUUUGAAGGUUCCUAUCUAUUUCUCAGCAGGAUUAACAGUCCAAGUUAAUGUGUAUUAUAAAAUGCUUAUUAGUUGGACAAGCCAGAAGAUUAAAGAUACAUACUCUAAACAUAAUGCUUUCGAUUUUAAGAAUGUUCAAAAGUUUGAGAGGUCUAUGAUAAAUGCUCCUGGUCCUUGUGUUCUUUUCGCUACUCCUGGGAUGAUAAGCGGUGGAUUUUCACUUGAAGUUUUUAAGCAGUGGGCAGUGUCAGAAAAUAACCUUGUCACUUUGCCGGGGUAUUGUAUGGCUGGAACGAUAGGUCAUAAAUUAAUGUCAGAUAAGCGGGCCAAAGUUGAUCUGGACGCUAAUACAAGAAUCGAUGUGCGAUGCCAGGUUCAUCAAUUAGCUUUUAGUCCUCACACUGAUUCUAAAGGGAUAAUGGAUCUUGUAAAUUUUCUCGCCCCCAAGCAUGUUAUACUAGUGCAUGGGGAGAAGCAUAAGAUGGCUUCCCUUAAAGAAAAGAUUCAUUCUGAAUUUGGGAUUCAAUGUUAUGAUCCUGCAAACAACGAAACCAUAUGUAUUCCUUCAACUCACAAUGUAAAUGCAGAAGCCUCACACUCUUUCAUCAGAAGCUGCUUGAGUCCGAACUUCACAUUUCAGAAAUGCAGUUCGGUGGACAUAUGUAACUCUUCUACGAUAGACAAAAGCUUAAUGCCUAUGCUCCAAGUCGAAGAUGAAAGGGUAUCAGAGGGAGUUUUUGUUGUGGAGAAGGGUAAAAAGGCAAAGAUUGUACACAAGGACGAACUUUUGCUUAUGUUGGAGGAACCGAAGCACGAACAAUGAGAGGGACGUUCUGACAUAUUGGUGACUCAAUGGAUCUUAGUCUUGGUUCUUAUAUUCAGAACUUCAUUGCGACUUAUCUUGAAAUUCUCAAUUUCUUGAAGAGCAUCUGCAAAUAAUCGUGGCAGUAAUGUCCCUACAGGAUUAAGGAAAACUCCCAACAUCAAAGCAGUGUAUUUCUGCUGCUUUUAGUCAGCAGUGAAUGAGAAAAUUGCAAGGAAACAAAUCUCAGCAAUUUGGAGCAUCAAUACCCACUGAAAAUGUUUUAUUUCAGAGCACUGAAGGAAGUAUGUGAAUGAAACAACAGAAGUGGUUCGUUCCAUAAAAAGAUAAUCAGUUUAAACAGAAAAGCUUGGGUUGCGGUUAUUCUUCCUUCCUUUACAAGGAGUUGGAUGUCCAGAUUAGAUUUCUGCUGUACAUUGAGCAAUUGAUGAAAUUGAUUCCAAUAGAAGUUCGUUUAUGGCCGUAAUAAUUUGAUAACUCUGAUCCUAACAUGAAGGGAUUUACUGUGAUUGCUUUUGUUCCCAUAUUUAUCUUUCCAUAUUUUAUUUUUUGGUUAUUCUAGGAAACAUGUUCCCCAUGAAUUACUCCUAGUAGGUCAUUCAAUGAUCUGAAUUCCAGAUUGGUCUUGUAUUUUGUUUAUUUCAGAUGUGUAACCAAUUUUUACAAAAGCAACCUAAUGAGCUGUCUUAUCGUACU